AGAAAACAUGGAUGCAAUGAGUGAAUGUAGAGUAGGUCUUGUUGAAGCUCUAAACACAAGGGUUUAUGGAAAUGGCACUCAAACACUUGUUCUCUCUCAUGGUUUUGGCUGUGACCAGACUGUAUGGCACUAUCUCAUACCUGUUCUUGCAUACUAUUUCAGGGUGGUGGUGUUUGAUUUGGUUUUCUCAUCAAAGGUCGAUCCCAAACUGUAUGAUGCACAAAGAUACUCGGAUUUUAGUUCCUAUGCUCAAGAUUUGACUUCCAUUCUUGACAAGCUCCAUUUGCAGAAGACUAUCUUUCUGGGUCACUCCAUGUCAGCCAUGAUUGGAUGCAUAGCUGCAACUGAGAGGCCGGACUUAUUUGAACAUCUCAUUCUACUCAGUGGCUCUCCCAGGUACCUCAACACUGAAGGAUAUUAUGGCGGCUUUAACAGAUCUGAACUUGACACAAUACUCAGCAACAUACAACAUAACUAUUCAGGAUGGAUCAAAGCUUUUGCUCCACAAGCCGUGGGAGUGAAGAACACAGCUGCAGUAGCGGAGUUUGAACACAGCCUAGGAAGAAUGAAACCGGAGAUCGUGCUCAGCGUCGCUAAAACUGUAUAUCUGAGCGACGAAAGACGGGUUUUGCCGCGUGUUCAUGUACCUAGCACCAUUAUCCUGUCUGAGGAAGAUAUCGUUGCCCCACUAUCUGUUGCAUUCUACAUGAAGGGAAGGCUUGGUGCUCCUGCAAGGAUCAAAAUAUUGAAGACAAAAGGUCAUUUUCCUCAGCUAAGUGCUCCAUCUCAGCUUCUACUUGUUUUGAAGAAAGUUCUCCAUUUCGAUGCCUAGCCAGUGAUCAUCUUCUAAGUGGGGUAUAGAAGGUACAUGUUUUUAGAUUGGAUGUUGAAGAUGUAAAGUAAUGAAUUGCUAGGAACUAGGGGAAGUGCGUGUGUGUGCCUGCGUGGCUGUGAAUGGGUGGCGGAGGCGGGGUGGAGCGAGAGGUCACCGGAUGUGGUGUGUGUGUGCCAGAGAGAGAGAGAGGCUUAAUAUUUGGUGUGUUUGGUUGUAAUCUUCAAGUUGUCCCAGAUGUGAAUUAUGUUGUCUUGUACAGGUUUAAGUCCAUUUGGCUGUAAUUCAUUUUCAGUUCAUUUAUGUGAUAAGGUUAGUUUUUUUAAAAAAAUUCUCUGCUAAC